ACUCCGGCUGCGCUCGCAUCCGUCGGACAUCUCAAAUCCAUUUCUCCAUCUGCGCAAAGACAUAGCCAAAGCCCAACUGCAACCGAUGUUUGAGGGAGGAUUGUAACAGAGAGAGAAAAAACAAAUUUUCUGCGAAUGUUGAAAGUAUGAGAGACGCUGCGGCGCGUCGCCCAGCUGCUGUGGCGCUUCGGCGAAGGACAAGUUGAGUGCGAGCCGGAGGACCGGCAACUUUUAUAGACUUUUUGCCUGCAGGUAGCCAGCAGCCCAAUUUAGAGCUCUUUGACUGAGGGAUUUCGUGUGUGGAGAGCUGUGACUACACCAGACUGUUUAAGGUUAUGAGUGGUCCAGGGCGCGCUGAAGCGACGUGGAAAUGGCAUUUGUGUAAAGAAAAAGUCACCGUUUUUUGUGGUUGACAAUGGAGAAUAAAUGAAAGGGACGUUUCCUGGGAAUAACUGACAGCACAACGGCAGAAUGCGGGAGACUGACCUACAGAGUGUGUGCAGAAGGGUGCUGCUGCUGACCGUCUGUAUGGUGUCUCUCUGGGGACAGCUGACCGCUGCUUCAUCACAAAGAAGCCACAUAGUUCAUGUGAAGGCGGGAACCUGUGAGGUAAUUGCUGCACAUCGAUGCUGCAACAAGAACAAGAUCGAGGAGAGAUCCCAGACUGUCAAAUGCUCUUGCUUCCCAGGACAAGUGGCUGGAACAACACGAGCAGCUCCAUCUUGUGUCGAUGCGUCCAUAGUUGCACAGAAGUGGUGGUGCCAGAUGCACCCGUGCAUGGACGGAGAAGAGUGUAAAAUCCUUCCCGACCUGAAGGGGUGGAGCUGCAGUACAGGAAACAAAGUUAAGACAACAAAGGUCACACGAUAGUGUUAUGCUUCCAAGGCAACAUUGUUUGGAACCAGGUGUUACUUCUUUGGCCAGCACUGUCGACAAUGUGGAUAUGAUGUGUUUGAGGACCAGUGGACACUGGGGACCAAUAAGGGCAGUAAUCACGGACAAUCCUCUGGCUGAAUGCAUUAAAUGGACGAGGAAGGAGGAUCACAUGAGACCACAUCUCCAGAACGAUUUCUGACUUUAGAGCCAGUAUCAACAGCAGCUGUCUCUGAACUCUUCUGGUUACCAAAUUCCUCUUUGUAUUAUAGUUUUAUUCUGAUGGACUAGAAGACUCAUAAAUGAAACUAUUUAAAAGCUUAAAGACUGGAUUUAAAACAAAAAAAGUCACAGUUAAACAAUGUGAUGUGAACGUUUUGUGUUAUUUUCUUGCCACAGGACUCUCCAUGCAUAUCGAUGUUGAAGAUCUAGUGAGAUCAUGAGCUUUUCUCAUUUAUUUAGCCUUAUGAAGCAGAUAUCUGUUUGUUUAGUUUGGUUGAAAAUAAUCAUGUGUUUGGCUUUUUCAAGUUUAUUAGGAUGUUCAGUCUUUAUUUGAAAGAUUUGACACAGCAAAAAAGUGAUGAUGAGACAAGACUAAAAUAUGUAAUAAUGAUGAAUUCACCAUGAAGUUAUCAGCUAUUUUGAUGCUAUCUGUUCUUUUCAAAGUCUGGUGACAACCAUUGAUUACUACUGUCAAUAUUAUAUCGAUAAACCUAAAUAAAUGGAUAUCACUGUAGAAUAUA